GAUUGGCUGAAGGGUAUAAGCCCGCCUCCUGGGUGACGUGUCUGCCUAUGGAUAUCAGUUGCCAGAGAAACCUGGCUUUACUAUGGCUGUUGGAGGGACGGCGGUGAUCACACGUCCGCUGCUGGGAAGAAGUGGAUUCCCAUUUCAGGCCAUUAUCAGAAAAGCUAAGUUUGCUGCAUAGUAAGGAUCAGAAGGCCUGAUCCUGAUUACAGAAUCUUGGGUUGUCUCCCACCUCAUCCUUCUAUACCAUCCCAGAAGAUCUAUAAGAUUCAAUCUGGAAAAGCAUUAGAAGUUCUUAGAAGACCAAGAAGAAAGAGGAUUAUAUUCCACAUAUGAGUGAAAUCAUGAUAUUUGUCUUUCUCUGAGUUAUUUAGCAUAAUAACCUCUAGAUCCAUCCAAGCUGUUGCAAAUGUGGUUGAAAUAAAAACAGGGUUGAAUGAGUUCCAGAAAGCAGGGUUCUCAAACUCGUGGACAACAACCUGCAGAAGAAGACAACUUCAAAAAACCAACUAGAAGCAAUAUGCAGAGAAGUAAGAUGAGGGGAGCCUCAUCAGGAAAGAAGACAGCUGGUCCACAGCAGAAGAAUCUGGAACCAGCCCUCCCGGGUAGAUGGGGGGGUCGCUCUGCAGAGAAUCCCCCUUCUGGAUCCAUGAGGAAGACCAGAAAAAACAAGCAGAAGACUCCUGGAAAUGGGGAUGGUGGCAGUACCAGCGAAGCCCCUCAGCCACCUCGGAAGAAAAGAGCCCGGGCUGACCCCACUGUUGAAAGCGAGGAUGCAUUUAAGAAUAGAAUGGAAGUUAAAGUGAAGAUUCCUGAAGAAUUAAAACCAUGGCUUGUUGAGGACUGGGACUUAGUUACCAGGCAGAAGCAGCUGUUUCAACUUCCUGCUAAGAAAAAUGUAGAUGCCAUUCUAGAAGAGUAUGCAAGCUGCAAGAAAUCGCAGGGAAAUGUCGACAAUAAGGAAUACGCAGUGAAUGAAGUUGUUGCGGGAAUAAAAGAAUACUUCAACGUGAUGUUGGGCACUCAGCUGCUCUACAAAUUUGAGAGGCCCCAGUAUGCUGAAAUCCUCUUGGCUCACCCUGAUGCACCCAUGUCCCAGGUUUAUGGAGCACCACACCUACUGAGAUUAUUUGUAAGAAUCGGAGCAAUGCUGGCGUAUACACCCCUUGAUGAGAAGAGCCUUGCAUUAUUGUUGGGCUAUUUGCAUGAUUUCCUAAAAUAUCUGGCAAAGAAUGCUGCAUCUCUGUUUACUGCCAGUGAUUACAAAGUAGCUUCGGCUGAGUACCACCGCAAAGCCCUGUGAGGGUCUACUGACCACUCACUAUUAUGUCUGGUAUCUGUAAACACUCUUUUUGUUCUUAGUCUUUUUCUUGUAUAAUUGAUGUCCUUUAAAAUUGUUACUGUAUAACAGGGCUUAUAUUUCAGUUUUUCUGUUUUGUUUUAAACAGAAAAUAAAAGGAGGAGUACAAGCUCCUUUUCUCAUUUCACCAUUGCUACCAGUGUACGCAGUAAUUAGACAAAAAAAGAAACAUUCAGUAGAACAUUUUCUUGCAUAGUUGACAACAUUGCUUGAAUGCUGGUGGUUCUAUCCCUUUGACACUACACAAUUUUCUAAUUAUGUGUUAAUGCUACGUGAUAAAAAUGCCCUGAUUCCUAGUGCCAAAGGUUCAACUUAAUGUAUAUACCUGAAAACCCAUGCAUUUGUGCUCUUUUUUUAAUGGUGCUUGAAGUAAAACAGCCCAUCCUCUGCAAGUCCAUCUAUGUUGUUCCUUAGGCAUUCUAUCUUUGCUCAAAUUGUUGAAGGAUGGUGGUUUGUCUCAUGGUUUUUGUAUUUGAGUCUAAUGCACGUUCUAACAUGAUAGAGGCAAUGCAUUAUUGUGUAGCCACGGUUUUCUGGAGAAGUUGAUAUUUUAGGAACUGUAUUUCAGAUCUUAAAUAAAAUUUGUUUCUAAAUUUCAAAGCAA